UGUUUGCUUACCUGAUGUUACAGCUAAAUUUGCAGAUUUCAACAUAAUAUUAAAUAUUUCAUGAAUGAAUUUAAUUGAGCCAGAAUGAUAGAAUUAGUAACCUGAUAAAUUCAUUUUAAUUUUGUCAUUAAAUAUUAUAAUUAAGUAUCUUAAUAAAAUGUCGAUCGUAGAACUUAUUUCAACUGAUGAAUUUCAAAAUUUUAUAAAGUCAAAUGAUUUUUGUGUUAUACAUUUUUAUGCACCAUGGGCAUUACAGUCUAUACAAAUGAAUAUAUUAUUUGAACAAAUGCGAAAAUUAAACAAUUAUAAAAAUAUAAUUUUUGCAAAUAUUAUAGCUGAAUGGUUACCUGAAGUUUCUAUAAAAUAUAAUAUUAAUGCAGUACCAACAAUUUUAGUAUUUAAAAAUGAAAAUUUUGUAUUUAGAAUUGAUGGCUUCAAUCCAAAAAUGUUUCAAGAGCAAAUAAAUAAACAAUUAAUGAAAUCAGAAUAUUUUAUUGACAGACUUAAAAAUUUAAUAAAUAAAGCUCCUUGUAUUUUGUUUAUAAAAGGAAGUCGAAAAACUCCUUGUUGUGGAUUUUCAAGAGCAAUUAUCAAUUUGCUAGAUCAAUAUAAAACAGAUUAUGAAACAUUUAAUAUUUUAGAAGAUGAUGAAAUUAGAGAAGGUUUAAAAAAAUAUAGUAAUUGGCCAACUUAUCCACAGCUUUAUAUAAAAGGUGAACUUAUUGGUGGAUUGGACAUAGUUAAAGAAUUGUGUGAAUCAGGAGAUUUAAUUAGUAUAUUACCCAAAAAAAUUGAGUAAUAAAACAAUAAACUUUUCAAAUUUAUUAGC